AAACUUUUCGGACUUCAGCUUUUGAAACUUUUGGGUAACAACGUCAAAAAAUAGCACUGUUCACUGUUACUUGUCCAAUGCAAAGUAUUACCAAAAACACGUUUCGGGCCACCGAUCAGGAGGUUUAUGGCGUACCGCCGGAUCAGAGCAUCAGUCAUGCGGCCAAGAUAUACGGACUCAGCGUGAUCCUGGCCGCCAUCGCAUUGACGCAGUGGAUCAUCAUAGGCUCCACCCAUUUGCUGAGCCACAGCCGGUCGGAGGAGCGCUACGGCUGGUGGCUACUGUGCACCUUCUUCGCAGUGGCCACUCUAUCCUGGACCAAGCUGGGACGGAAGGUGCCCUUCAACUACAUCAUUAUCGCGGCGAUCGUGGAGAGCUCGACCAUAUAUAUAGCCAUGGAGCAGAGGCACAAUGCGAAUAGUCUGGUCAACUUCUAUGCCGGCAUUGUGGUGGUUGCCUUGAUGUUGGCCUCGAUAUUUUGGGGCGCCUACUUUCCCAUGUUCAUUGUGCCCGGCGAUCUGCUGCUCAGCUGUCUGGUGGCCAUAGCCAACAUUAUGAUGAUCAUAUUCUUCAUCAAUGUCCUUUUCAUCAACUACCAGGGAAUAUACAUUGCGGUUCGGAACACCUUCGCCCUGGUGGCCAUCUGCAUGGUCAUGUACACGGCUACCAUCAUUCACGAUCGCCAGUUCGAUGUGCCCAAGAACGAGUAUCUGUUCCUCAGUGUCCUGCAGUUCUUCUCCUACAUGAUCCUGCACGAACGCAUCCUGGCCAUAUCCUUUACAAGUACGCUAAACAUCAGUUGCUAAGUGCAAGUCUCUCUUGGCAGUCGCAUGGAAUUUGGAAUGUCUUAAAAUUUUGGUUAAUUAAGUUGCUAAAUAACCUGUAUCGAAGCUAGACUCAUCGACGCGGAAGAUAACUUGAACAGCUAA